AAAAAGAAAAAAGAAAAUUGAUUUUCAGUGAAGAAGAGAAGAUUGAAGAAGGAAGGAAGAUGGAAAUGUAUUCAACUUUCUCCUCCUUUCUCUCUGCCUAAUUUUGCUCUUCUUCUGCCAUUUCAUCUUCCUCUCAAGAACUCCAUUUUUUCUCUACUCCAUUUUCUCUCUCUCUUUCUCUCUCUACUCUUUCCCCUUUCACCCACUCUCUCUUUUUCUCUCUCACUCUAUUUUUUUAAUUUUUUUUUUUUUUUUUUUUUUUAUUGGAGAUCUCUGGGAUUAUCCCAGAUGUGUUGCACUCUCUAUGCCAGGAUCUUCUUCAUCCUCUUUCACAAAUUGCGGUCAGCAUUUCUUGAGGAUUUUAUGAAUUUUUGUUGAAUUUCUUUGUGUGUUGUUGAUUUAAUGGAUCUUUCAGAGAGCAGGAGGGCUAGGGUUCAGAUUUUGGAGUGAUGUGAUCUUCCAUUGUCGCCAUUUUCUCUGCUGGUAGCUCAAUUCGGCACCUGGAGUGAGCUGUUGAUUUCUCGUUUGAUCGUUUCUGUGUGUUUUUCUUUAAGUCGGCGAUUUAAAGCAUAUUUCUUUGGGAAUCUAUUCUGUCGAGGGGGGCUGAUUCAGGAUCUUUAUUUGAUUGCAAAUUAAGAGAUGCGGCAUCCGAAAAAUGAGAUUGAAGACAACAUACCUUCAAAAGACCAGAUAUUAUCACCAUUGGUAGACGAAGAUAGUGGAGGGAAUGCUAGCUGUGUUGUUCUUAAGAAAGGACCAUGGACAUCUGCUGAAGAUGAAAUUUUGAUAGAUUAUGUAAAGAAACAUGGAGAGGGGAAUUGGAAUGCUGUUCAGAAGCAUUCUGGACUUUCUCGUUGUGGGAAGAGCUGCCGAUUGCGAUGGGCCAAUCACCUCAGACCAAACUUGAAAAAAGGGGCAUUUACUGCAGAAGAAGAGCAUCUAAUAAUUGAACUGCACGCUAAAAUGGGAAACAAAUGGGCACGCAUGGCAGCCCAUUUACCUGGACGUACAGACAAUGAAAUUAAGAAUUACUGGAAUACUCGAAUUAAGAGGCGGCAGCGGGCUGGUCUACCUCUGUAUCCCCCAGAAGUGUGUCUGCGUACAUGGCAGGCGUUUCAGCAGACCCAAGACACAGGUGGAAGUAAUAUUGUAGAUAAAGACCAUCAUGAUCUUCUUCGGGCUAAUAGUUAUGAUAUACCAGAUGUCACUUUUCACAGCUUGAAGCCUCAGAGUGCCUUAUCUUAUAUGCCCGAGCUUCCAGAUAUUUCAAGUUGUAUGCUGAAAAGAGGUCUUGAUUCUUCUCAGUAUUGUAAUUUCAUGCAAUCAACGAUGCAUCGUCAAAAACGUUUCAGGGAAUCAGCAUCCUUAUUUCCUGGUCCCGAUGGUAGUGUUAAAACCCCUUUCCACCAAUUUGAGGAUAAUUCCUACAGUCAAGUUGCUCAGUCAUAUGGGUCGCCCUUCCCUCUUGAAUCUAACCCUACCACAAAGAAUGCCAUGUCUUUUGGCUCGUUUGAGGGUAGCCAUUCCCUUACAAAUGGCAAUUCCUCUGCUUCUCAGCACUCGAAAGAGACUGAGAAGUUGGAGCUCCCUUCACUCCAAUAUCCAGAAACUGAUUUAACCAGUUGGGACACACCCAUCCAACCGGCAAUGUUUGAAUCAGUUGACCCGUUUAUUCAAUAUCCACCAACUCUCAUGUUGGGAUCAGAUUGCCCUUCACCACGCCAUAGUGGCUUGCUCGAAGCUUUAAUAUAUGAAUCUAAGACGAUGGGUUGUCCAAAGAAUCACCCAUCUGAUAAAAAUUCAAAUUCAUGCAGUGUCACUCCAGGUGAUGUAACUGAUAGUUACAAUAUGGCAGCGAGUAAGACAGAAAUUGAUGACUAUACCGAGGUUAUUUCUCCAUUGGGUCACUCCACUUCCUCACUUUUCAGUGAAUGCACACCAAUCAGUGCGACUGGAAGUUCAUAUGAAGAUCCUACUCUUACUGAGGCCUUUUCUGGAAGUAAUGUGAAAUCAGAACCACUCGAUCAUGCAUGGACUCCAGAUAGAGAAAAAGCAGCCAAAAGCGGGGUCGAUUUCACACGUCCAGAUGCCUUGCUCGCUGAUUGGCAGGACAGAAGUUCAGGAAUCGUGGAGGACACAACGAAUGUGACCGAUGCCAUCUCUUUGCUUCUAGGUGAUGAUUUGGCUGCUGACUACGAGCACUUACCGACUGGGAUUUCGACAACACAUUCCGGAUGGGGUCUUGAUUCUUGUACAUGGAAUAACAUGCCAGCAGUGUGUCAUAUGUCUGAUCUUCCUUGAUCUCUCAGCAGUUCUUCUAAAUGAAAGAGCUAAAAAACUCUCUCUCAUCAGAGGAAGACGGUUUCUCGGCUACUUAGUCAACCAAGGGAGGUUAGUUUUUCUGGUCCUUUUUUUUUCCGGUGGAUUUUGAUUCCCUGUUUGUUCAUCAGAAAAACAAAUCAUUGUAUGUGGAACUGUUUAGGUUUGUAAUGCACAAUGGCAGUGCUUUCUUAAGAUGACAGUGUAAUAACUUUGAACUUUUGUCAUGGUUUGUCAUGGAACAUUGGGAUUCAAUGGUCUGGUCUGUUUCUUCAAAUUCUGGCCUCCACUCACCUUUUUCCAUGAAUGUUUUUUCUUAUCUUCGAAAAGGAGAGGGUAAAAAAAAAGUGACAGUAAAAGUUGUAUUGAAGUGAGUCAAAUUAAGAUGAUUUCUUGCCC